GCCCUUUUUUCAUUUACUUUCUUUUCUCACUGCCUCAAAACACUGUGGCAACUUUUUAAUGUUCAAUUGUUCUGGGUUUAAGCCUUGACUGGUCGCCAUAGCACCCCACACACACUCUCGAGGGAAGAUGGCAGUUAUUAAGUUUCUGGUUUACAUUACAUGUUUCUGCUUGUCUCAAGAUUUAGUUUUUUGUGAUGACUAUGGCGAAAGUGGAAACGAGAUCACACUUACUCCAAGCAUCCGUGGAAAGCCUGAAGAUAUACUGUGGAUACAUAAUAACAACAAGGUUCUGGAGUAUGACGGGAGUCAGGUGUUGAAAUAUGGAUCAUUUAAAGAUCGUGUAGAUGUUGAUUUUGAAACAGGACAGCUCAAGAUAAGAAAACUAAGCAGCCAAGACAGUGGCAAAUAUCAGUCUGAAAUUUCGAUCAAUGGGAAGGUUCAAACCUCCAGUCAUACUUUGACAGUUUUGGAUGCUCUGCCAGACCCUCAGGUAACCUGUGAACUGGAUGAGACUUCAAAUUUGAAAAAACUGUACUGUUCAGUGGAAUCCCAGACUCAGACAAGCUAUGAAUGGAGUGGACCUAAUAUAAAACAGCUGGGACCAACACUUCUUGUUGAUGAACAGGAGAAAAACCGUGACUCAGUCUAUACCUGCACUGUGAAGAAUAAAGCUGGAAGCAGGACCACAGACUUUACUCUGCAAGACUGCCGCACAGGCGGAGUAAGCCCUCCUGUGCUUUUUCCAGUCUUAAUAGUAGCAGUGCUUCUCGUUAUUGUGUUCGCUGCGCUGGCAUUAUUCCUCUACAGACGUAAAAAACAACAGUCAAGGAAGUCUGAACUCAAAAAAAUGGAUUCUGAAAAUGGUGAAUGUGAUAACCUGUUGAGAAAUGUCCCAACGGAGGCUAUGCCAGGUUCAUCUGAUGCCACACUCCCUUGUCGCACCAGACUUACAGCUCCAAAAGAAUCUAUUGCUGAUAAAAAUUGGGAUCAGGACAGUGGAUUGGAGAAUGUGGGAGAAACUCAUGAAGGACAAAAACUUUUGAAGGAAAGUCCACAGUCUGCUAUAACAGAAAAAAACAACGAGGACUCAAGAAAUACAAAUGAAGGAGAACUAGACAAAAAUGAGAAAAACAGGGAAAAUGCCGAUGAAGCAGAAGAAAACGGUAACAGCAAACCUGAUGAAACGGACAGAGAGAGACAUAAAUUAUUACAAAUUCAAGAAGAAAUGGAGAAAGAGAAAAGUCAGAUAGAGUCACCUGAGGAGCAGAUUGAGACACAAGAUGCAGAUAAAAAUGAGGAAGACCAGACACCUGGAGAGAAAAAAGAGGAGGAAGAGGAAGAAAAAGCGAUAGACAGACUGAACACAGAUUCACCAGCUAACCUGGAGAAGGCACCCAUAAACAUCAGUGUCCCAUCUUCAAAUCAGACUGGCCUAAGUAAGUGCACAGACCAAGAUAUAAACAUGGAAGAAGAAAGCACAUUUCCUGGAGUGGAGCAGAAGGAGAAAGAAAAGGUUUUAACAAAUGAGGAACUGAAAGGUGGUCAGGAACAAAUGCCAGAAGAAAACAAACAUGACCCAGAGCUAUCUGAGCCAAAAAAUAGCAUUAACUUGGAUAAACAGGGCAAACAAACUGAUCCAGACAGUACAAUACAGUACAACAGUGUCUCACAGCAGCAGUGCCACAAUGAUGGGUUGCCUCAAAAGGAAGAUGAUGAUGCUGAACAGACAGACAAGAGCCGUGAGACAGAACAAGGCAUGAAGCAGAAAAAUGAUGUUCCAGAAACUACAGAGACAAAAGAUAACAAACAUUUAAAAGAUUGUGAUGAAAAGAACAGUGAUCCAGACAACACAAACAAUGACAUGUCUGUGCCAGAGGACAAGAAAGCAGAAACAGAGACCGACAGCUUCUCAAAACAUGCAAUGAAAGAAACUCAUAGUUCAGAAAUCAGGGAACAGGAUUUGAACAAACAGUGCAAUACAGAAUGUAAUGAUACUGUUUAUAGUGAGGGAGGCGAAAUGGGCUCAGUUUUAUCAGCUGUGAAAGAGGAACAGAAAAACAUUUGUCAACUAGAGCCACGUGAAGGUAGUAGUGUCAGUUGUGCGACAGAAAACACUCGAGGGUCAUCAAAAAUAAUAGAAGAUGAAGGAAAUAAUGACGACACCCCACAGCAGGUUAAAAAGGAUGGUGAGCGUGUGCUUGGAGAAGGUGUGGAGGAGAAGUAA